CCACCAACUACGACGACCACUACAACAACAAAGCCACCAACUACGACGACCACUACAACAACAAAGCCACCAACUACGACGACCACCACCACAACAAAGCCACCAACUACGACGACCACGACGACCACGACCACAACGACCACUGCGCCAGAGGCACCAAGUAUUACGACUACAGAGGCGCCAAAUACGACGACCACCCGUGCACCGUCACAUGUUCGCGAAAUUGACGGCAGCCCCGGCAGCUCUGCGUGGGCGUGUGCCCCGCUGCUUCUCGCCGCAUCCGCGCUGGCGUACACCACUCUGGGCUGA